GUCACCUCCUUGGUCACGCUCUUGCCCACGGCCAGGUCGCUGGCGGCCUUGGGCGUCGAGGCCUUCUUGGCCGGGCGCUUGGACGCGUCGCUGGCGGCCGCGCGCUUCUGCGGCAGCUCAGCAGCAGCGGGGGGAGAGCCUGAAGACGUGCGGCUGCGCGUGGACACCAUGGAGUCGGGAGGGGGAUGCAAAGGAGGCGGGGCGGGGCUUGCUUGGCCGAGGCUGUGUAGCUCUUCGAAUGCAUGCUAGUCAGCGGGAUCGCCGAGAUUCCAUGGAGGUUGCAGGAAGGUAAACACUUGCUUCAACCACCGAUCCCACUGUGUGGGCCACGCCAUUGAACCUCCAGGGCGGAAUACAUACCGCCCGCCCAGUGGAAUGGGUACAAAUCACUUCAACGUCAACAGGACUUGUCAAAGUUGGUUACUCUUUGUCAACACGGAUUGCGAGCGGACUGAAGCAAAGCGCUGGUUGUGGGCUAGGCCACAACUGGCAAAUGCCCUUCAGCGUCCUUGUGCUAGCAUCACGUCAACGGAGGUGGCGUAAGAUCCCACGAUGUGCUCGAGCGAAUCCUCGGUGGCUCCCGGAAGCAGUCCCGAAAUUGACUCGCUGCAGCAUCUUACAUGCUGUCACUUUGCAAUUUGCCCGUUGCACUCGACCACCAGCAACAAGUUUGUUCAGAUUUCCCCAACGCUGACUGAUGCGUCGCUGUCUUCUUCUUGUGGUGACUGCCGCGGCUUUCGCUACCAUUAGCGCUCUCGCGGUAGUCACGGGAGACCAACAUCGCAGAUCACUGCGGGGCGACACUGACGUCCCAGUGACUCAUAACAAGGACGGCAAUGUGAAGCAGAGAACCGGUGGGUCGUCGCUACUGUACAAAAUGAAAAAAAAUGCGCAAGUGACAUGGUGGCUCGAGGCUGGCAAGUCCGAUGACUACGUGAGAGGUGCGCUGAAGCUGAAGGGGCUGAAAGGAGACGCUCUCAAGAGCCACAAGAACUACCGCUACUACGCGCACUUCGUCAAGAAGUCGGAAGAGUACCAGCUCAAUAAGUGGCUUACUCGCGAUGUCACCACGUACAUGGCUUGGGAAAUGCUGGGAUUUCAGCAGAUUACCAAGGCGGACGAGCUGCCACUGAUCAAGAUGACCGACGAGUUUAGACUUUACAAGCGAUACGUGAACGACUUUGAUACCUACGCGCUUCGGACGAUGAAGGCUGGGUAUGAGCCCCCACGCGUGAUGGUCAGCAGGGGGGCAACCGACGCGGAGAUGACGGCAAGAACGCUGAUCAUGGCUGAGGCUGGAAGAUCCGACGCGUACGCAAAGUUGGCGUUGGGGAUGACGGAGGGUUAUAACCGGAUGAAGGUGCUGAAAUGUGCGGCACUAGAGGGCCAGAAGGACUUUAAUUACUUCCUACUCUUCGUGAGGGAGCGAGAGCCGGCAAUGCGCGACGAGCUAGCGCGGCUCGAGAAACUGGCGAAGCUGUCGAAACGCCAGCGAAAAGCACAGCGCGAGAUGCUGGACGACUUAAAACUGAUCGAGAAAUACCGCCAGCGGAACGGGGGCGCCCAGUAAGCUGCAGCAAACAUUCGACUGAUCUCCGGCAUUCUCACCCCAAAUACAGUCUUUGAGGCAACUCAGUGCUCCUUCAUGCAAUGUUAAUUACAUUGCUUACAGGCCAACUCCAACAACCGUCCGGACUGCAGCAACUGCGGUCAGUCGGUCGUCACUACUGUGUUGGUCAAGCACAUAGGCAGGCUUCGAUUUGUGUCCGGCAGCGCAAGACGGGCUUAAAGGUGUACCCGUCGCGGUGGUACAUGAUGUGGCGCACAUACGCUAUGUGGGCCACGCCAGUUCCGCGAGCAGCGUCACAGCAACGACGUCACCGGAUUCGUCCAGCGCACGGCAUUUCGGCGCUUUGAUUAGCCUGGCGGACGUUGCACCGGGUGCGAGAGAAAAUCAUCCUGCAGCGGCAGAGUUGGCGCUGGACUUGAGGGUCAUGGAGGGCGGCAUUCUCUGAAAAGCUCCCAAGCGCGCAAGGCACCACUAGCGUCAAGACCACCGCCAUCCGUCCAAGCUAGACGCACCAUGCAGCUGCUCGACUCGUUUAUCUCGGCCUUCAUGAACGCCCCGCAGGUGGACGGCCGCAACGCGCGCGUGCCCGUGGACCUCAGCGUCACCUCCAAGAAGGCCCGCGCCCGCGUGCACGCCAAGCAGAACAGCGGCGCGUACUGCGCCUCCGUGCCCCAGCUGCCCGUGACGACCUCGUGCUGGUAACCGCCGAGCGGCGAGCAGCGACCCAAGCAAGACAAGUGUGGCGAACUUCCUGCAGUAACUGUCGGCUUCCAAGGCCUAAAAGCUGCACCAAGACAUCGCGGCACGGCUCGCUGACACCAGCAGCGCGCUGAACAGCGUCGCAUGCGUUUAUUUACCUCCAGCAUGAGUCUACUGCAUCCUAGACUUGAUUUAAAUCGUAAUGGUAUUGUAAUUUUGCUAUCAACUGGUGGGUUCGUGUUAGUGUAGACAAGUAAGGUUGGAAUCGAGGAUAACUGGAUUUCAUUGGUUUCGGUUGUGAAUGGAGCGGUGCGCCCGACAGAAUACACAUCACGCUAUGGGAUCGGGCGUUUGGCAGCGCGCGUGAAAGGCAACUUCAAGUUGCCUUAGCUCAGAUGCGAGGAGACGACAGGAUCAAUUGGCAAGGACAGGGUAGGUCGCCGCCGUAGCGACGCCGCAGAGGUUGUUCUUCUGCGAGAUCUUCACGUAGCCGUCCUCGCCCCAGUGCGUGCUCCACGAGUUCUUGACCUGCAUGUGCAAUUGGAAGGAAACAAGCAAGGUCAAUCGGCAGAUCAAUCGACCACUUGUCAACCACGGUCUUACCAGCGUGUACUUCUGUCCAUUGUGUGUGGUCACACCCACCGCUAGAACCGAGUGGUCCAGGCUGUCCAGGUCGCUCUUGCAGUCAACGUCGUCGUAGUACCCACCGCCAUAGAAGUAGAAGGACGGGAGCGUCGCAUCAAUCGACACGGACAGCGGGCCGAUGGUGGCCAGCGCGUCGUUAAGAGCCUCCACGCUCGUGACGUUCACAAAGCCCGUCAUGCGUCCGAUGGCGUUGUUGGCGUUGAAGUGACAAUAGUCGGGGGCGUUACGGUACGCCCCAUACGUCGUGGUGGUCUCGAGUCCACCGUUGGCCAUGAUCCACUCGUACGCCUGGUAGUCCAGACCUCCAUCGCAGGCGUUGUUGCCGUAGUCCCACCUACAUUCGAGAAAAUACACCUCUCAGUUACUUAUCUCGCCGCCAUCCGUGCAGAUAAUUCGGGAACGUACGAGCAGUCAAGAAGGUUCUGCUGGGACAUAUUGUAUAGCUUCUUCUGUUGCGCGAACAACGCACCCUCCAGCGCCCCGGUCGUGCUGAGCGAUAGGAAAACGAAGUGUUAGCAGGACAAAUAGUGUCGAAUAGCCAGGAACAGUAUCAUACCCGAACGUCCAGCACGAUCCACAAGCACCUUGGUCCUUGACAGGGGUGACAGCUCCCUUUGUGCGCCAGUCCAUAUCUCCCGGGUCCUCGAAACUUGAAAGUUCGUGUACCGCCAUAGCUCCGUUGUCCUUAGCACGUUUGACUCGCGACGGACGGUGUAGCUUCAAACGCUCAUCAUGCGUAAGAUCGGCGAACCGGUUCACUUCGAGGUGAUACGAGUGUCCCUUGCGGUUCUCCGCGUUGAUAAAGCGGCGGUUGUGAUGGAACGUCGCCAUUCGAUCAACAGCUUCAGCUUCGUCAUUGUAAACCUUCACGUGUGCCGACGAGAAGUCGUCGAAAAUCUCUUUCUUCCUGGUGGUGCCUUCGGGCAUGAGCAAGUGGAUCUAUCAUAGAAAAAAAAGCUCGUCAAUAUCGACACCAACUCGCAAGAGGCGAACAACCCAACGCGUAAAACUUACGUCCUCCUUCGGGUUGCGUGACGGACCACCAUCAUCCCCAGGCAUCUCGGUGCAGUUCAUCGAACCUGGCAGCGACGAGAACACGUUCUCGUCUACGGGUCCUUCGCGCACGUAGAUGUAGUCCAGGAAGUACUCGUC